ACAUGCUAGUGUUGUUCCAAUCUUAGUUUGCAAAUCUGGAUUUUUAUUUGAUCCUCAAAAUUCUACACUUAGCUUUAUAUUUGUUAGUGCACAAGGCGGUGUAGUUCAAUCCAAUGGCCUUUUUGGUUUGGGUUCCUGCAAUAAUACAACACCCAAAGGUUUCAUUACAACACCACCUGCACCAUCAAAUGGCACAUUCCGACUGGAUGUAUUUAAUUACACAAAUCUUUUAUCUGUGAUUUUCCCAGGCGCUGUAUGUAUAGUGUUGUUAUCUUCCAAUAGUAGUAGCCCAACCAAUGGUAGUAGUUCAACUUCCCGCAAGCCA